AUGAGCAGGUUAAUGAUGUUGUGGUUUGUUGUACUGUGUUGUUGGAGGAGUAAUCUGGUACCGAUUGCUGAAGCUAUAUGGCUGAACUUGCCGAGUUCGGGGACAAAGUGCGUGUCGGAGGACAUCCAGAUCAACGUUGUAGUUUUGGCAGACUACUCCGUCAUCAACGAUGGGACUUCUCAUAUGCCCACCCUCUCUGCCAAAGUAACAUCCCCAUAUGGAAACACUCUCCAUAACAAGGAGAAUGUGACCGAUGGUCAAUUUGCCUUUACAACUACCGAGGCCGGCAACUACUUGGCAUGUUUCUGGGUAGAUAGCAAUCAUCAAGGAGGUUCUGACAUAACUGUUAGUCUUGACUGGAGAAUUGGAAUUGCUGCAAAGGAUUGGGAAUCAGUUGCAAGGAAAGAUAAGAUUGAGGGUGUUGAACUUGAGUUGAGGAAACUUGAAGGAGCAGUGGAAGCUAUCCAUCAAAAUUUAAUAUAUCUUAAAACUAGGGAAGCAGAGAUGAGGGAAGUGAGUGAAAAAACCAAUGGCCGAGUGGCAUGGCUCAGUAUCAUGUCCCUUGGCAGCUGCAUCGUGGUUUCAGUUUUGCAAUUGUGGCAUUUGAAGCGCUUCUUCCGGAAGAAAAAGCUCAUUUAG